GCCGUCAAGCAAGAUUUAUGGUGGGAAGACACAGCGGGUAUUGGUCAGAAAUCUGCUGAGGUGACACCCAAAGCAGCCACACCGAAGGGAGUGGAAGUGUUUGACUUGUACAAUGAUCGUGACCAGACAUCUCAUGCCCGACGGGAGGUGGAUCAGUCAUCGGGAGGGGGAGAGGAUUUUGAGGAGUCAGCCAUCAGGCUGAAAGAUCUUCACCACUUCAAGGUCCCCAAUCUUCCUAUCGAUGCUGGUUCUUACCGCCAAUGGAAAAAUUCUUUGAGGGCGUUGGUCAUGAGCUACGACAGGUCCCAAUUUGGAGUUAGAUUCAAUGCCUACUUGGAGACUUGUGAACUUCAACAUGAAGAAAUUCGGGGCCGGGUCAUGCUAAACGUCAUAUCGAGGGAGUUUGACACUGACCGCAACACUGGUGCAAUUGUAACUGUGUUGGAGUUGUACAACCUUCCCCCGCCCCAAGACAACAUCGCGGCCCUGCGCCAAUGGCGUGACAAGGUCAACUACGUCAGAAACCAGAUAGGACCCCAGGAUCAACCCGAACCACGUUUGUUAGCAAAAUGGCUGUAUGACAGGUUGAAGAAACACCCAGCCAUGAGACGCCAUGUUGACAAAGUCAGGGAUGCACCAUCAGGUUCGGAGAUGCAAACUGUCGAUUGGUUGUGGGGAAAGUUAGACCAGUGCAUUCAUGAAUCUCAACAAGAGGCCAAUGCGAUAAGUAUCCAAGAAGCCCUCAGGAAAGGUCCCCCCAAGAAACCAUCCUCCUCCAACGAUGCUCCAGGGAUGACCGCGAAAGCUGGCAAGGGUGGUAAGGAUGGGAAAGGCAAGGGGAAGCCAUCCAAGGAUGGCAAGGAUGGCAAAGGCAAAUCCAACCCCAAUCCCAAACACAAUAGUAAAUGCUACCGCGAGAAAUGCCCUUUCAAACAUGACCCCAGUGGACCCGCUAAACCGGGUUUGGUGGCUCUGCUCGCUGCAUCGAUUUCGGCUGCAACCGUCCUCACUUCGUUGAUUUUGUUGGUGACACAGGGGCGGGAGAAUGGCUUGGAAGCCGUCGAGCUAUGA